AUGGCGCUGCUCACGGCGCCGGUAGUGGCCGCGCUGCUGCUCCUCUUCUGGUCCGCGGCGUACGGUGACGCCCAGGGCGUGCCGCCGUACAAGGACCCCAAGAACGACGUGGAGGUCCGCGUCAGGGACCUGCUCGCCCGGAUGACGCUGGCCGAGAAGAUCGGCCAGAUGACGCAGAUCGAGCGGCUCGUCGCGUCGCCGCAGGUGCUCAAGGACUACUACAUCGGCAGCCUGCUCAGCGGCGGCGGGAGCGUGCCGCGGAAGCAGGCGACGGCGGCGGAGUGGGUGGCCAUGAUCAGCGACUUCCAGAAGGCGUGCCUGUCCACGCGCCUCGGCAUCCCGAUGAUCUACGGCAUCGACGCCGUCCACGGCCACAACAACGUGUACGGCGCCACCAUCUUCCCCCACAACGUCGGGCUCGGAGCCACCAGGCAAGCACAUUCUCCAGCUCGCGUCGCCAGUGCUAACUUGUGUAGCCUGCUAUGGGAUCCUAAUCUGGUGAAGAGGAUCGGCGCCGCGACCGCGCUUGAAGUGAGAGCCACCGGCAUCCAGUACGCUUUUGCGCCAUGCAUUGCUGUGUGCCGUGAUCCGAGGUGGGGCCGGUGCUACGAGAGCUACAGCGAGGACCACCGUAUCGUGCAGUCCAUGACUGAGCUCAUCCCGGGCCUGCAGGGCGACGUCCCGCAGAACUUCACCAGCGGCAAGCCCUACGUCUCCGGAAAGAACAAGGUGGCGGCGUGCGCCAAGCACUUCGUCGGCGACGGUGGAACCCAGAACGGCAUCAACGAGAACAACACCAUCAUCAACCGUGAGGGGCUGAUGAACAUCCACAUGCCGGCCUACCUGGACGCUCUCGAGAAGGGCGUCUCCACGGUCAUGAUCUCCUACUCCAGCUGGAACGGGCUCAAGAUGCACGCCAACCACGGCCUCAUCACAGACUACCUCAAGGGCAGGCUCAACUUCACGGGCUUUACGAUCUCAGAUUGGGAGGGCAUUGACAGGAUCACCAGCCCUCCAGGGGCGAACUACUCCUACUCUGUGCAGGCUUCAAUUCUUGCUGGCAUUGACAUGAUCAUGGUGCCCAACAACUACCAAAACUUCAUCACCAUCCUGACCGGUCACGUCAACAGCGGCCUGAUCCCGAUGAGCAGGAUCGACGACGCUGUGACGAGGAUUCUGCGCGUCAAGUUCACCAUGGGCCUGUUCGAGAACCCCAUGCCCGAUCCUAGCCUCACCGAUCAGCUGGGGAAGCAGGAGCACAGGGACGUGGCGCGGGUGGCGGUGAGGAAGUCGCUGGUGCUCCUCAAGAACGGCAAGCCGGGCGACGCGCCGCUGCUGCCCCUGCCCAAGAAGGCCGCCAAGAUCCUGGUCGCCGGGAGCCACGCCGACAACCUGGGGUACCAGUGCGGCGGGUGGACGAUCGAGUGGCAGGGCGACACGGGCCGCAUCACCGUCGGCACCACGAUCCUGGACGCCGUGAAGGCGGCCGUGGACCCGUCGACGACGGUGGUGUUCGCGGAGAACCCAGACGCCGACUUCGUCAAGAACGGCGGCUUCUCGUACGCCAUCGUGGCCGUGGGCGAGCACCCGUACACGGAGACCAAGGGCGACAGCAUGAACCUGACGAUCCCGGACCCCGGGCCGAGCACCGUCCAGACUGUGUGCGGCGCCGUGCGGUGCGCGACCGUGCUCAUCAGCGGCCGCCCCGUGGUGAUACAGCCGUUCCUGGGCGCCAUGGACGCGCUCGUGGCGGCCUGGCUGCCGGGAACCGAAGGCCAGGGCAUCACCGACGUGCUGUUCGGGGACUACGGAUUCACAGGGAAGCUGCCGCGGACGUGGUUCAAGUCGGUGGACCAGCUGCCGAUGAACUACGGCGACGCGCACUACGACCCGCUGUUCCCGCUCGGGUUCGGGCUCACCACACAGGGCAAGGGGUACUAG